CAGCUUGCGACUUUGGCUGUGACUUGAAGUCUGUAUCUACGAGAGUGCAACUGUACGGACCGCUGGGCAGACGACAUCAACCUCCUCAACAUGUCGGCACUCAUUUUCAUGCGAAGGCUAGCCGUACGAAACGCGCUGGCACGUACUAGCAGACCAGCCACCGUACUGAACAGUACUGGCAGCCGUUUCAUGGUGACAGCGGGGACAAAAGAGGGAGAAGGUAUGCGCGCACAGCUCAUGUCUGAGCUCAAAGCAUCCAUGAAGGCCAAGGACACUCUCAAGUCGACUGUUCUCCGCUCCGUGCUGUCGGAAGUGUAUGCGGCAGACAAGGCUCCGAAUAGCAAGGGCCUCGCCUCUUCUGUCGUCAUCACAGGCAUUAUGAGGCAGGGUCUCAAACGAAGGUUGGAUUCCGCGAGCCAGUACGAGAAGGCCUCGAGGGCGGACUUGGCUACGAAAGAAAAGCAGGAAGCCGAGCUCCUCGAAGGGUUGCUCCCACCAUUGCUAUCGGAAGCAGAUGUCGACAACGCACUCCAAACUGCUCUGAAGGAAUACCCGGAGUUGGUAUCGGAACCGAACGCGCACAAGGCCAAGGGGCUCUUGCUCACGAAGUUAUACUCGAAGGUUGAUGUCGCAAAUGUAGACAAGGAAGCCGCUGCUAGUAGGGCAGACGCAAUACUGGCCUCGGCCAGGACAUCUCAGUCUGCAUGAGUUAUGUUUCCGGAUGCGUAUUUAUGUUGCUGAGUAUUGUACACGAUGCGUGCGUAUAAUGAAAUAAAACCCUCCUCUGACAAAAACACG